GAACCAUAUGUUUGUGCAAAAACCCAAUGUUUUUGGACCCGGCCCGGCCCGGCCGGUUGAACCGGUUAAACCGGACCCGGACUUGAAAACGGGCCGGUUGAAUACUUCAACCCGUUUAAGCAAAUGGCCCGUUGAAACCCGUUGAAACCCGUCAGACCCGUCCCGCCCGUUAAACUCGUGCGACCCGUUGCAACCGGCCGGGCUGAAAUUUUCAUCAUCUUCUCGUUUGUCGAUUGUCCGCCAAUCGUCCGCCGAUCGUCCGCUGAUCAUCCACCGACCGUCCGCCGAUCGUCCGCUGAUCAUCCGCCGACCGUCCGCCGAUCGUCUCUUCCACCGAUCUUCUCGUCCGUCGAUCUUCUUGUCCGCCGAUGGUCCACCGAUCCUCUCUUCCGCGAUCGUUCGCCGAUCUUCUCCACCGCCAAUCGUCCGCCGAUCAUCUUUUCCGCCGAGCGUCCGCCGAUCCUCUCCUCCGUCGCUGCACUUCUUCUCUUUCGCCGAUCAUCUUCAUCUCCCUCGUCUGUUCUGCUCAAAAAGAUCUGUAUCGUUUUCGGGUGAAACCGUAAAGGUAAGGUAUAAAUUAUAAAAGCAAAAUUCAAUA